AUGACAACAACAGUGCGAACAAAUGGGAAAGAUACAACAUCUGCAUUGGAUGUUGAUUAUUCUGCCGCGGAAAUUCUCGCUAUCAAAGGUUGUCAAUAUGUUCGUUUUGCUCUGGAUAAGCCAGUCCUACGUUUGUAUAAGUUCUACUAUUCGGUGUAUUGGUAUUGGAUAGUUUGGUUUGCUGAUAUUGCAUUGCUUCUCUUACCUUGCAUUGAACGGCCUGCUUAUUUUGAAAGUGUCCCGAAAUGGGUUGCUUUAAUUAUCGAAAUCAUCGCUAUAUCCGUACUUCUAGCAUCAUUUAUCAUCUCGAUGCAUUUGCAAAAUCAACGCAAACUAAUUCGUGAAGCGGUGUAUCCUUACAUAUUUAUCAUCGUUUUUCUAUUGACGAUUGCUGAUAUGAUUGUUUAUUAUGUUUUAAUAUGGAAUAAUGACAAUACACGAUACAUACGCUGGUCACGUCCGUUGCGUGUUUUGUUUCCAUUUGCUUUGCAGUCAGGUCAACAUAUCCGACGGGUCAUUCGAAACAUUCUUCGAACAUUACCAAAUAUUGCCAAUGUGAUGGUUCUAUUCUUAUUGUCGGUAUUAACAUUUACUCUACUCGGUGUUGGAAUGCUGAGAAGCAGGAAUUUACCACAUCCGAACAGAAAAGAUCAGUAUUUUACCAAUUAUAUAGAUACAGCCUGGGAUUUAUACGUUUUAACAACAACUGCAAAUAACCCUGACAUCAUGAUGCCAGCAUUUAAUGUCAGUAUACUCUACGUAAUCUUUUUCAUGGCUUAUUUACUUGUUAAUUUGUAUUUAUUCAUGAAUUUACUUUUGGCCGUCAUUUUUUCGAAUUAUAAACAGCAUCUGAUGGAAGAACAACAAGUAAUUCACAAACGUCAGUUAGACACUCUUACGAUCAUUUUUCAACGUUUAUCGUCGAAUAAUUCGACGAAUCAUGUGUCGUAUAACACAUAUGAACAAUUGAUGCGAGCUAUAAAACCUGAUAUAACGGAGACUAUCAUCGAUGCUUAUUGGAAAACUUUAGAUGUUCCUAAUAAAGAAGAUGGAUUAGAUUUGAAAAAGUUCAACGAACUUUUAUUAAACCUUAAUUUUGAUUUACGGCAACGUAAUGAUGAUCAAACUAUUCUACAAAAAUAUUGCCCGAAGUUUUACAACUCGAAGCCAAGUCGUGUUAUCAUCGAUUUUGUGAACACAAGUCUCUUCCGAACGAUCAUCAAUUUGCUAAUUAUCGCCAACGCUGUCUGUCUAGCAGCGAAUUACAACGAAUUAGAGUGGGUUUUCUUGGCCGUGUUUAUUCUUGAAGCUCUAUUGAAAAUGUAUGCGUAUGGUGUGAGAGAUUAUUUUCAUCAUCGGUGGAAUAUAUUCGAUUUCAUAAUCGUGCUUGUUUCGACAACUUACAGUCUUGUAUCAACGUCCGUUCAAGUGAAAUUUGAAGGCAAUGUUCUUGAUGCAAUUUUAGUCUUUCGAGUUCUUCGUUUAGUCAAACUUGUCGGAAAUGUUCAAAGGUUCAAAGUUAUCUUUGGAACAUUUUCGAAAGUCAUACCAACGCUAAUGACAUAUCUUCGUGUGAUGUUUAUGACCUACUAUGUAUUUUCAAUGAUUGGAAUGGAACUGUUUCAACGAAAAAUAAUCUUUAUCGAUAAAAAUUCAACAUCGACAUAUCCAUGUAACAAUAGUGCACUGGUAGACUCGGACUUUGCUGCGAGUAAUUAUUGUCGAAACAAUUUCAAUGAUUAUUUUUCAUCAUUGAUUGUUCUGUUCGAAUUGACUGUCGUUAAUCAAUGGCAUGUUUUGGCUUCUGGCUUCGUUCUUGUCACUACUAAAGUAGCACGUAUUUUCUUUCUUGCCUUUCAUCUUUGUGCUGUCAUCGUUGUACUCAAUAUCUUUACUGCUUUUGUCAUUGAUUCGUUUCUUAAUCAGUAUACUCUUUCGAAGAGUAAAGAAUUUCCUUGGGUCGAACAAGAAAACAUCAUUACGGAUAGACUUACUCGGCAAGGUUUUCGAGUUAUUCGAAGAUACGAUGAUAUGAAACGAUCGGAAGGAGAAAGAAAGAAAAAGUUCAAUUUACUAGAUUCCCUUCGUGCAUUUGUCAAACCAUCGAUCAGUCGUCGUAUGACAACUAUACUGGAAAGUUCACGUGACGAUGAACAUACUCUACUUCUUCGUUGGUCAGGUCACGUAGAUAUUGAUCCAGACGCCUUGUUGCAUUUGUCCGACGAAGCAUCUUAG